AUGUGGAUAAGGGAUGAGUUCUUGGGUCUAUGUGCUGUAGCCAGAAAGGAGGCAAUGAAGGAUAUGGCUAUUAGGACUGGCUUCAAGGCCACAGGCUUAAUGCCAUACAACCCAGAGGGGGUUCUUACGCGCCUACAAUCUCAGCUACAUACACACAGUCCCCCUGGCACAUCUCAUGGAUCUCAGUCUCCCUGGAUCCCAAAGCCCCCCUGCAAUGUGGCUCAAUUAGAAGGUCAGUCCGACAAGAUCAAGCAGCGUAUCAAGCGCCGUACACAAAGCCCUUCUAGUCCAACCAAUCAAGCCCUAAAUCAACUGGUUCGAUGGUGCCAGCUAGCCAUGCAUAGUGCUGCUAUUCUGACACAGGAAAACAAGGUCCUAUGGGCUGCAAAUGAGAAGCAAAAAUGCAAGUGA